AUGAGUCGUGCCGAGUCUGCAACGCCUGUCCAGGAGGAGGCCAACGAAGAGCUAGUCCAAGAUUUCGAUGAAAUUGACAAACUCGCUGAGCUAGCAGUAGCCGCUGCAGAUAUCAAGAAAAUGAAAGACGCUGGCUACUACACUGUUUCCUCUGUUCUCAUGCGAACAAAGAAAGCUCUUUGCGAAGUCAAAGGUCUAAGCGAGCCUAAGAUUGACAAGAUUCGAGACGCUGCCCUCAAGCUGUUCGGUGCAGGGUUCAUCACGGGAACAGAGGCGCGCCAGAAGAGGAUGAAUGUCUACAACGUCAGCACCGGAAGCCAAGCUCUCAACGAGAUCAUUGGCGGCGGUAUCGAGACUGGCUCUAUCACUGAAGCGUUUGGCGAAUUUCGUUGCGGUAAAACCCAGCUGAGCCAUACCCUGUGCGUCACGGCGCAACUGCCGACGGAGAUGGGCGGUGGCAACGGGCGAGUCGCCUUCAUCGACACAGAAAACACGUUUCGCCCGGAGCGCAUAAUGGAAAUCUGCGCCCGCUUCGACUUAAACGCUGAUGAUGUUCUUGACAACAUUCUCGUAGCUCGGGCGUACACAAGUGAACACCAGUGCGAGCUCUUGGACCACGUCGCCGCUAGGAUGGCGGCAGAUCGAUUUGCACUCCUGAUUGUGGAUUCAGCGACAGCUCUUUUUCGUGUUGACUUCACAGGGAGAGGGGAGCUAGCUACACGGCAGCAGAAGCUUAACCAGUUUCUGAGCUCCCUUACGAAGAUUGCAGAGCAGUUUAACGUUGCGGUGUGGAUUACGAAUCAAGUGAUGAGCACCCCAGAUGCCAUGGCUUUUGCAGCCGAUAAGAAGCCAAUUGGCGGUAAGCGCUGCUCUGCUCAAACUACGUUUACGAACAUCCACAUGAAUCGCGAACUCGCACUAAGAAAGGGACGAGGAGAACAACGCAUAUGCAAAAUAUUUGACUCUCCGAUGUUCGCGGAAACGGAAGCCACCUUUGCGAUUGGCGAAGGUGGCGUUUGCGACGCAUCCGAUUAGAGAAAGUGAAGGAGUCACAAGUAUGUAGACCUUUUCUUGGAUCACUUUUAGUUUUUAACGAGACUCUAGCUUUAUGCUCAUGAGUGCGAUUCUUCAAAAUUCGCGCGAAGGGCCUGUCGAUUAGAAAGGAGAGUGCUUGCUAAGGCCCCCAGUGUUACCCCUUUCGAUCGAACCACUCUGUUCUGUCCACUGAUGAAACGAUUUGUUGCCUCUUGCAAGACACGAAACCAACGAUGCCCUCUAAACAAUCCUCGCCCCAGUUUUGACGUAGAAAACGCAGCUUUUUUUGUGGUAAUCCCUCACAUGCCGCGACCGUCAGUUGCACGUAACUCGUGACCAACUCAGGCAAAGGCUGUUCCCCUCUGGCAGAGGAGGCACGCGCAGAAACCGAUUAUCUACAUGGAAAAGAAUGUAAAACAAAGGGACAACCCGUGCUCCCAGAAACACUGGGUUGUCUCUUCGGGGAGGCUGCCAGCAAUACGGCCUCUCCACAUCACAUUCACACGCGAGUUAGACGUUAAUAUCCAACCUAUCCAACGGGAAUAUCCUUGCGACCGGCCUACCGACAACAUUAUCUACCGGCAGCAAGCCCCAAUACCGCGAAUCAAUCGACCGUUUCGCAUUGUCGCCAAUGACAAACAAAAAACCAUCCGGGAUCUUCCUCGGUGCGACGUUCGGACUUCCCGGCGCCGCUUCGUCAA